AUGAGCAACAGUUCAUAUCCAUCGCCCGUCUCUGUGAGACCUUCUCCCCGUGUCCGCGAGCACUCGGGGAGCGGUGCGCCACCAAGGGAUCCUUCCGCAACGCAAAGGAGUCUUGCUCAAGCCUCUGCUUCUUUGGAGGCUGCAUAUGAUCGCAUUCGACAAGUUCGACUGAGCCUCAUUCAAUUACAAGAAAGCUACAAUAGUUUCGCAUCAAGGUUCCCAGAUCAAGUUAUUGGGCCUAACCACGACGCGAUCGUCCUCACUGGAGAUAGCACCUCUGAAGAACCUCAGUCACCCGCAGGCCAACUUUCUCAAUAUGAAAUCGACUUCGAAACCUCUACUAGCUCAAAUGCGCCCGCGCGAUGGGAUACUUAUUUUCCUGACUCAUUCACUACUGCACCAACAGAUCCACUCGCUACUCGUAACAGUGUUGCCUCAUCUGUUAGCCUUAACUCCCCAGUCAGCCCUCAUCGCAGCUUACCUUCACGCCGCUCCCUGCUCGAUGCAAAUCCUUCUCAGCGCAGAGAAUCCGAUGAUCCGUCUACCUCCCUCGGAAGACAGGUUGCCGCUCGGCAAUCUAAUCAAUCCUCACCCUCCCAGAACUCACUUCCUGCCGAUAUCGUAGCUCAGCAACAGUAUCUCCGCGAGGCCCAACAGACGGUUCGCGAACUGGAGAGGAUAAGUAACGAGUACCAACGGCGCUUAGGUUCCAUGCCAGAGCUUCCACCUUUGCAAGAGCUGUCUUCAAUGGAACCAAUCCUCGAGUAUCCGAGACCAACACCCGCUGAAAUCCUCUCUCGUCGAAGCUUGGAUGCCAACGUCCUACAAGCUACCAAUCAAACUGUCCAAUCUUCACAGACUAACUCGUCACUUAUGCCACCCCGCUUAACCUCCAACGGUCGCAGGUGGCCCCGGCUCAGUCGUGCGGAUAUUAGACAAGGCUCGAUUCAAUCGCCUUCUUCUUCUCGCUCGGACGCAACUCGUCUCUCGAUGUUGUCUAACUUUUCGAUCAACAAUAUGUCGACACCCUCCAGCGCUGUCAACCGUGACCGUCCCCUACUAUUUGACGAGCCGAUGAGCUACGAGCCCGGCGAGUUGUUCCCAUCCCAGGCAGCAUUGCAAGACCGCUUUGAUACACUGGCAAGAAGGGCCAUCAUGCGAAGGCAGUCGACAGUUGAGGCUCGCGAUCAUGGUCGGACGCUUCAGCAGGACCUUUCACAUUAUGUCCUCCCUCGAUUAAUCUCCCCUACCAUGGGUGCCACAGCAGACUUCAGUUCGUUUUCCCCCACAGAUACCACUCAAGAGCUUCGGCAAUCCAGCGGCGGUGCUGCUUCCACGCAUAGCCGGACACGUAGAAGAGGCUGGGCCCGUUUGGACGCAGACGGUAACGAGAUACCCUCUGACGAAGAGGAGGAAUUGGAACGUUUGCGCUCUGAGCAACGUGUUCGAGCAAACAACGUCGCUCGCUUGACCCAAUUGGCUGAGCAAGUGGCUAUGUCGGGCGAACGACGGACAGGUUCCAGCGACGCAGAAGACACUUCGUCUAUCCACAUACAGCGCGCGUACGACAGGAUGGGUCGCCUUGUUGGCAGCCGGUAUAACUCAGAGCCCAAGUCUCGUGGAAAUGAUGUCCCGUUGGUAGACAUCGGUGAAGUCGGCUAUGAACCCUUCAAACCUUCCCCGUUGCCAAUGCCACUUGUCAAGAUGGUGUCUACGAGAGCAACAGCACAGACCGGAAGGCGGAUGUUUGUCCUCAAAAAGAACCAAACGCUCGAUGAUAGAUGA